AUGGCGCCAGCAGAAUCCAGGGGCACAGCGUCCCUCACUCAAUUCCCGUCAAAACCACGGGUCUUCAUCUUGACAGACAUCACCAACGAGCCCGAUGAUGCGGAAUCGUUUUGUAGAUAUCUCACAUACGCCAACCAAUUCCGCACCGAAGGCAUAGUCGCCGUCACGUCAACGUGGCUCCGGAACAAAGUUGCGCCACAGAACCUGCAUGAGAUUGUCGAUGCGUAUGAGAAAGUUGUCGACAACCUCAACGCCCAUGCUCACCCGGGCUCGCCCUACCCCUCGGCGCAGAAUGUGCGCAGCCUCAUCAAGUCCGGCCCUCCGGUCUACGGCAUGGAGGCUGUUGGUGACGGCAUUUCCCUGAGCGGAGGAGCCGAGUUGCUCCUCGAACGGCUCACGGCGCCCGAUAACGAUCCGCUCUGGGUUCUCGUGUGGGGAGGCGUCAAUGUGCUUGCACAGGUCCUUGAAAAAACCAGAAAUCGGCCAGACGCCGCCAAACUGCGCGAAAAGCUUCGCGUCUAUACGAUUUCGGAUCAGGACGACUGCGGGGGCUGGAUUCGCCAACAGUGGCCCGAAAUAUUCUACAUCUUUUCCAUUCACGGCUGGAAUCAAUACCAAUGCGCCGCAUGGAGUGGAAUCUCGUCCCAUUGUACUAGCGAUGUCGGAGGGCCGGACAAUUCCAAAGUGACGCACGAAUGGGUUAAAGACAACGUCCAAAUUGGUCCUCUGGGCGCUGCAUACCCCAAUUUCGAGUUCAUCAUCGAGGGCGACACGCCGACCUUUCUCUACCUUAUCCAGAACGGCCUGGGAGUCCCAGAGGAACCAUCUUAUGGAUCUUGGGGAGGCCGUUACAUUCCGGUCAAUGUCGGUCCAAAAGGCCUGCCGUCUAGAGGUCAUUUUGCGGAUGCAAUUGAUACAGUACUUGGCGUGGACGGCAAGCCGCACAAGACCAAUCAGGCCACGGUCUGGCGCUGGAGGAACACAUUUCAGGACGACUUUGCCGCGCGCAUGCAAUGGACAUUGACUUCAGAUUUUGGCAAGGUCAAUCACCACCCCGUCGCCUCGUUAAACGGUGACUUUGGCUUGGCGCCUCUUAACGUCGAGGCCGAUGCCGGGGGUGUCGUGUCUUUUGAUGCAUCCGAAAGUUAUGACCCUGAUGGCGACAAGCUCAGCUUCAACUGGUACCAAUACCGCGAACCCAGCUCGCUGCAGACAUAUCACGGCCUAGAGGUGUCCGAUAUCGAGAUCAAGCCACUCAACGAUGAUCGCAGCAAAGUUGAGGUACUAAUUGCCCCUGCAGAAAAGUCCUGUAUCGUGGCCAGGGAGAAAAUUCCUCUUGAACGAGGCCUCCCUCUCCACUUGAUUCUUGAGGUCAAGGACAACGGCACGCCCUCUCUGACGAGCUAUCGCAGAGUCAUCAUUCAUCCUGUUGAUAGAGAAUUUGGCUCUGAAAAAAGAUAG